UCCUGCAACAUCUUGUUGUGAAAACGAACUGACAUCAAAAACAUUGGCAGAAAAUUUUUUUUUUAUUUUUUAUACCAAACAAGAUCCAUUUUAUUUAGCAACCUUGUCAGCUUUAGAUAUUAUCUCAGGUCGGAACGCACAAUUUAAUACAACAUUUUUUAUAUCAAAACGUCAUUCUUCAAAUAUUGUAUUCAAUGGAAAAACGGAAUGGCCACCACGGCGAGAAUGAACCGGAGACCGGGGGAAACGAAGAGACGACGGAGCCUCCACCGAAACAGUCGCGGUCAAGGAGUGACGAGUCGAGUAAUAUAAUUAGAUUAGACGGUAACAACAUGGAGACGACUAAGGCCGGUGGUAGUAGUAGUAGUAGUAGUAGUAGUAGUAGUAGUAGUAGUGGUGGUGCCACCGGUGAACGACGCACAUCCACAGCCAACUAUUCAUCAAGGCAAAGGAUUGACUCUCUGAGAAAGAUCAGACCACCCUUCCCCUGGUUUGGGAUGGACAUCGGUGGCACCCUGGUGAAGCUGGUUUACUUUGAGCCCAAAGAUAUCACAGCCGAGGAGGAGCAGGAGGAGGUAGAGAACCUAAAGAGCAUCCGACGCUACCUGACCUCCAACAUAGCCUACGGUAAGACGGGGAUCAGAGAUGUUCACCUGGAGAUGAAGGACUUGACGAUAUGCGGACGCACAGGUAACCUCCACUUCAUCCGCUUCCCCACCCAGGAUCUGCCGGCCUUCCUACAGAUGGCUCGCAACAAACACUUCUCCAGUCUCCACACCACCCUCUGUGCCACCGGAGGGGGGGCCUACAAGUUUGAGUUCGACUUCCGCCAGAUGGCUGAUCUCCAGCUGCUGAAACUAGAUGAGCUGGACUGUCUGAUACGGGGUGUCCUCUACAUAGACUCAGUGGUGUCCAAUCCUUCAGAGUGUUACUACUAUGAGAACCCUACAGACCCUGAACACUGUGUCCAGAAACCCUUCGCUUUAGAGAACCCUUACCCUCUACUGCUGGUCAACAUCGGCUCUGGCGUCAGCAUCCUGGCCGUCUACUCCAAGAACAACUACAAACGAGUAACUGGGACCAGUCUGGGUGGAGGGACAUUCCUGGGGCUGUGCUGUUUACUGACUGGCUGCUCCAGCUUUGAGGAGGCUCUGGAGAUGGCGUCGCAGGGGGAGAGCACACACGUGGAUAAGCUAGUACGGGACAUCUACGGAGGGGACUACGAGCGUUUCGGCCUUCCCGGCUGGGCUGUGGCCUCCAGUUUUGGGAACAUGGUGUGUAAAGAGAAGCGGGAGUCCAUCUCUAAAGAGGACCUAGCCAGAGCCACCCUGGUCUCCAUCACCAACAAUAUCGGCUCCAUCACCAGGAUGGUGGCGCUCAACGAGAACAUUGAGAGGGUGGUGUUCGUAGGGAACUUCCUGAGGGUGAACACCCUGUCCAUGAAGCUGCUGGCCUACGCCAUGGACUACUGGUCUAAAGGCCAGCUGAAAGCCCUGUUCCUCAGACACGAGGGCUACUUCGGAUCAGUCGGGGCUUUGCUGGAGCUCCUGGAUCCAUCCUGAUUGCUACGGUGGCCCUGAAGGUCAAACUAGCACUUAAGAUCCAAGGACUGCUCUCACCCAAAGCCAGACUCGCACUUAGACUUAAGCUCUUAAACCAAAGACCGUCCGUCCAGCAGGAUUACACCUUUAUACUUUUAUCCUCCUCACUCCAUUGGUGCGGUGUGCUUGCAUGUACAAGUAGGUAGCCUGUACAGUAGCAUGUACAGUAGCUAGAUUGGUAGCCUGUACAGUAGCCAGGUAGGUAGGCUGUAUAGUAGACAGGUAGCCUGGUUCCGUCUGUAUAUGUUUGACAGGAAUAUGCAUCCUUCCAGGAACGCCACAACUGUUGCCUUAACUGCUGGAUGAUCACAUGUCUGUUUGGCAUGUUUCAUAUAAAUCGCCAUCGGCAACCGAUGGCUCAGCUCUAAUUGUUGACCUCCGUAGAAGGGCCAAUGGCUGGGGUCCAAUGGGCAUUUUACUGGCACACAUUCCAGUCAAUACAGGAAGUACACUGACGUUACAGUUCUCUUCUUCAACGCUUUUCAAUUAGGAACAUGUGGAAUUUGGUUUACUUUCUGAAUUGACAGGAAUUGUAAUGAAAUUAAUCUCAACCCUGAUUAACUGUUAACGUUAACUUUCUUUUUCUUUUACUAUUGUUUACUGUGACAUUGUUCAGCUCAGCUGCAAAGUAAUUGUUAAAUAUUGAUGGAAGAGGUUUUGAUUGAUAUUUGAUAAUGACAAAUGGAAUAUUUGGGGGUCUGUUUUGGACAUAAAUGUUAAGUUAUUCUGUGUUCACCUGAAUGAACUCUUACCAACGAACCUGACUCAUAUUCAACUUUACAUGAUAGUUAAACAUUUAGUAUUUUUACUGCCUUGAGACAAUCUCUCUCUCCUUCUUUCUCUCUCUCCUCGCUUUCUCUUUCUCUCUCCUCUCCUUCUCUCUCUCUCUCCUUGUCUCCUCUCUCCUCUCUCCGUCUCCUCUCUCUCCGUCUCCUCUCGCUCUACCAUACUAGUUUCAACUGUUCUCAUUAUUAGGCCUACUUUAACUACCUUUAUUCAGAUCACUAUGCCAACAGGUACUCUUCCUGGAGUCUAUACACACAACUAAAAAUACAUUACAGUUUACAUUAAGACACGGUAGUAAGGCAACACUUUCAGGGAUCUGGAUCUGCUGUAUUUGUGCAGUAUAUAUGGGGGUUUAAAUGGGAGUCCCAGGGAAUCAGACUCCCCUUUUCCUCCAGAACAUCCCGAAUUCUCCGAGGCGUGGAAACGUUGCUUAAUUGGUAUCAAGGGACCUAACGUGUGGCAGGAAAACAGCCACCAGCCUGUAAUCGUAUACAUGCUUUAGUCCCAUCUCAAAGUAACGUAUACAAGUUGGUUGUGUUCAGUCUCAUCAAAUCAGCUGUUAUAUAUAUAUAUAUAUAUAUAUAUAUAUAUAUAUAAAAAUUUCCCUGUUGUGUGUUAUGGUGCAGCGUAAUUGUUUUACAUUAUUUUAUUGUAGAAUAUAAAGGUACUAGUGCUUCACGUUCAGCUAAAUACACUGCUCAAAAAAAUAAAGGGAACACUUAAACAACACAAUGUAACUCCAAGUUCAGAUCUAGGAUGUGUUGUUUAAGUGUUCCCUUUAUUUUUUUGAGCAGUAUACAUUCUGUUAAGUGCCUGGUAUGUUGUAGUCUAGAAAAGGUAGAAAUACAGACAAUCCUGUGAAGACAUGCUUUUUUCUUUUGUUGUUGAAAUCAGACUUGUCUUUGACUCCAUACACCAAGUUCUCUCUCUGUUGGUGAUGUACUUCUUUUUUUUAUAUAUAUAUAUUAUUACUAAAUGUUUUGUAAUAAAUCUAUUUUGUGUCAUAUAAA